UUCUCAAUUCUCUUAUGUAACUCCUGCUUUGGCUUGAAGCGCAUGUUUGAGCUCAAAGUGAAGAAUCCACUCAUAUUUUACUCCCCUUCAUUCUGCAGAUGUCUCAUGUUCAGCGAAUGGGAAAAAAACGACUGGAAGCAAAAAAGAUGAUGACGGAUCAUUUCCAGUGAAGAUUCAGGGUGCAGGUGUCGAACCCUUUGAGCUGCAGGUUCAUGGAUUCUGGCUGGUCCAGGAUGCCAUCAUGACCGUUCUGGGCAGAGAGGAGGUGGCACCGCGCAUGUCUAUCGCUCUGGCCCUUUCAGGUGUGACCCUCGACCCCAUGAUGGAGCUCCAGGACGUCAAGGGCUUCAAAGCUGGAGUCACUCUCCGUCUAGUGGAAGAGCCGUACUCGCCUCGAUCGGCACAGGCUCAUCUGGCACGUGUGCAGGACAUGCUGAAAGCUGUCAGGCCCCAAGACGCCCUGAUGGAGGGCCGAUCUCCCGCUGUAUUGAACACACUCACCCAAACGUCAGAAGCCCCUCCCACUCUGCACUCAUCAAAAAACAAACGAGCCAAUAGUAAGACAGAGCAGUCAGGUGAAGCCCCGCCCCCUCCUGCCUGCAUUCUGCCGGGAGCUUCUGAAAUUCCUCCUUUGACGACUCUGCUGCCCACCAACACACACAGUGAAGCUCCCAGUUUCCUGCUGGACCUGUCACUCAGCUGUUGGAACCCUCCCCCUGGUUUCCGGAAGCUGCAAGGUGACUUCAUGUACAUCAGUGUCCACACUCUGGAGGGCAAGCAUUGUGACAUCACUUCCUGCCCACGUGGAUUUUACGUGAACAGGUCGACCCUCGAAGUGUUUGACCCUCGUCCUGCUCAAUCGACUCCAGUGUGCCACUGUCUGACCGACCUGCUGUCCCACAUCAGCCCACAGUUCAAACACAACCUGAGCACACUGCGGCACAGGCCGUCUCUGCCGGCUGAGGAGACGCUGUCCACUCCGUACCGCACAGUCAGCUGGCUGGGCAUCUCCUCACUUCACUCGCACAAACCCAGCUUCAGCGGCCGGCUGGGUCUGGACCAGGACCUCAGUGCGCAGGCUCCUGACUGGAAUAAGGAACUUCAAACAGCCAGAGAUCUUCCUCAGAGGAGUCUGGAGGAGAGACUUCAGAGGGACCGAGCGUUACUGCAGGUGAACAGUGCUUUUGUGUGGGCUGUUGCUCAGGCAGCAGAGAAGGCGAUCGAUGGCUUUGUCGACUCAAUCAGCGGUUCUCACGGGGACCCGGCAUUCUUGUGCGGCGGCGUGUUCAUGAGUAUGCCAGCACACAGAGACCAACUGCUGGGAGGAGAACGGAGUCACCGAGCUGCUCAACGCCUCGAGCUGCGAUGUGUUCAGGCUUACAGCGACCUGGACGGAGACCUCCAAAACCUGCACACCAUCCCCACUGCGCUGGCCGACUACCGCGGCGUUCGGCUGUCCGCGCAGGGCCUGGCCCCGGGUAUUCAGGGCCCCGAGCAGGCUGAGGUUCCCAGUGGCCUUUUAUACGGCUACAGUGCAGGGCCGCUGGAAAAUCCAUCAAGACGGAAACUCCUAGAGCUGGUGGCUCAGUCCGCAAAGGCUCUUUCUCUGCAAAGACAUGCGGUUCUGGGGCUGACCGGGCAUCAGCUGCCCCUCUUCACCUCUGUAGAUGCCCAGGGGAUUCUGGGGGCCGACGGUCGGUAUUACCUGCUGGAUGUGUAUCGUACUAUGCCUGCUGAUGCCAACUUCCUGGUAGAAGAUGGAGAAGAAGGAGCAGAAACGGAAGGGAGUUUUCCCCGACGGUACCCUCACGUUUUGUGUCGAUUACGGCCGGAGUUAGUGAAGGCGUUCAUUCAACACAAACAUGUUGAGUUCUCACAGCGAGUGAAGGCUCACAUGGAGGAGAACGGAGGGGUGGAAGAGUCAAUGAAAUCUGCUGAUUCUCCGAACAUAGACGCAGUAAGAAAAGCUUGCAAAGAUGUCGGAUCCGUCAGUGACAUAAUUUUUGAGAUGCGUUUCAACCCUAAUGUCUACUCCUCAGGUGUGGAGUUUCCCAGCUCAGACAGUGACGCCGUGGAGCUGCAGAAGAGAUUAUUGAAGGAAGCAGCAGCUUUUAUCAUAAACGACUGGAUACCGGAAUUUUCAUAG